AUGGCGGCGAUGGAUGUGGAAGUGGACAAAGCACCACCUGAUGAUGGCGCCACACCGAAGAUGCCGUUCCGUGAUAAGCUCAUGGGGGGGGGGGGCAAGGCUCCUCCCCGGAAGGACUACAAGGAUUUGGUGGAGCAAGGGAAGAUGAAAAUAUCCCUCGUCGAGAACAACAGGCUUCUGCCGCAAAUAACAACUGAUAAGGCAGUGCUAGAUGAAAUGUCUGCUCCGUGGAAGGAAGCCCUAGUGGUUUGUUUACUUGGAAAAACUCUUGGAUUCCGCACAAUGAAGUCCAAGCUUGCUUCGACCUGGAGGCUCUCAGGGGACUUUGACUUACUUGAUAUCAAUAAUGGGUUUAAUAUGGUCAAGCUUGACAACCAGGAGGAUAGAGAAAAGGUUAUCAAUGGGGGACCUUGGAUGAUAUUCGAUCACUACCUAGCGGUAUCUAAAUGGAGUAGAGAAUUCAUAGCCCCGGCUUCUAGGAUCACUUCGACCCUUGCAUGGGUUAGAAUCCCUGGGUUGAAUGUGGUGUUUUAUGAUGAAAGUUAUCUGCUCUCAGUGGCUAGAGUUAUCGGAACUCCGAUUAAGGUGGACAGGAACACGCUGCAAGCAGAUAGAGGAAGGUUUGCAAGGAUAUGUGUGGAGCUAGAUCUCACCAAGCCCGUGGUGGGUAAGGUGUGCCUCGAAGGUUAUUGGUACAAGAUUGAAUAUGAAGGUCUACAUGUGAUUUGCACUAAGUGUGGUUGUUAUGAGCACCGGAGUAGGGAGUGUAAUGCCAUGCCGGUGAACGUUCCUCAGGCUGAUGCCUCGCCAACCAACACUCCAAGGGCGGAGCCGUCAAACCCUAGUUCAGAGGGGGCCUUAGAGAUAGCUGGGUGUGAUCCAAGGGUAACGCAAGAUCCAAAAGAAUCGACGGUGGAGGAUGCCAUGAUCGUAAUGGCAGAUACGACCCCGGUUGAGGAAACAACGAAAAUAGGGGAAUCUGGUGGGGCCGUGAAUACAGGAAAAUUAGCGGAGGAUUUCGAGGUCAUUGGUGACUGGAUGAUAGUUACUAAACGAAAAAAGAAACCUGCCAUGCAGCAAGGCGUGAAACCCGGGACAAUCAAAGGGGGAAUGAGUGGCAAAUCAUCAGCUACUCAUGGAAAUCAGACUAGUUUGGGAAUUAAUGGGAUAACGAAUUUUGGAGGAUUCUCAGUGGGCCCCAUAAAACGUGUGCAACAGAAAAACCUAGAGAAUAAAAAGCGGCAGUUCAGAACCAUAGACCCUGAGGGGUCAGGUGGACCCGGAUCAGAGGUCAAUUAUUUGAGGGCCCAACAAACUGGCACCAAGUCUCUCAAUGGAGAGCAGAUAACGUGCGAGCUGGGCCAAUUGUAUACGGCAAGUGCUCCCUCUCGAGAUCAGCUUCAACACAUUGGAGCUCAUGGUAUUCAGGCCCCUCCAAUUAGCAAUGUCUGA